UUCUCUUUCUGAAAACAUUGUGCUAAUGAUUUCGAGUAAACAGUUUUGAGAAUCCAGCCCAAAGACUCCUUGAUGUGUUUCUUACGGACGCUGCUCUCCGUUGCAGUGACACGAUGGUCCACGGCAAGGUGAUUGGCAGCCUCUUGGUGGUGUGUUUGGUGGCCAUGCUGGCAGAGCAGACUGAAGGAUUUCUCAGCUUCUUCAGCCCCAGUGACAUGAGGAGGAUGAUGGAGAAGGAGAAGAGCAAGACGGGGAAGAAGUCGGUGAGAUCGGGGGAGACAGAGUCGGGAGAGCUGGCCGCUCCAGAGAGAUACAUGGAGGAGGAGGCUGCCAUGCUGGGCACCCCCCUGGAGAUCGGGGUUCGACUGAGCUCCCGGCAGUUUGACAAGUACGGGGCAGCACUGGGGGAGGUACUGAACGAGAUGCUGGAGGAAGGGGGGAAAGGUGAGGCUUACUGGGAAAACUGGGAGAGGGGGCUGCUGUCAGAAACGGCUAGCACCGGUCUGAAGGAGGUUAUACUGGUUUUAGGAACUGGCUAG